CGUCCACUUGUACGGUGACCCCGCACCUGUAAUGUAACCUGCUGCUUGCUUCACCGCGAGCUGGUGGCUUCCUUCCUUGGCUCUGGGCCUUUGGCUUGCUCGUCGCUUGCUUGCUUCGGUUUCCCAGUAUAAAUAUUCCGGUGCCGAGCUCCGGGCUGGCCCUUAGUUCUUGUAUCAUCGUGUCCUUUUCCUCCUACCACCACACACCAUUCCCUUCUCCUUUCUUCUCCAUCCUCUUCCUCUUGGUUUCUCCAUUCCAAGCUUACUACAAGGCAUUUAUUUGCUUCUAGUCUACUAGUCCCCAAGCAACAACUAUUUUUUCCGGUUCUGGUGCAGCAGCGGAUUAAGCUCGCAGCCAUUAGCAGCUAAUUAACCAGCAGAUUUCCUCUCGCUAACAACCCUCUCUUUUUUUGAGCUUGAGCUUGGUGAUCGGCCGGCUCGAGUCGAGUGUACAUACACACAUACGCACGCUUCUGCUACCUGCUAGUAGGAGCCUAGGACAGUACAGUUGAUCGAUCGACCGAAUCGAUAGGUUUAGAAGAAGGAAGAUGAUGCGCGGGGCCAGGGAGCAGAGGGUGGCCUUCUCGCCGAUGAAGGAGGCCGCGGCGGUGCCCAAGGAGGAGGUGUGGGAGGUCCGGCCGGGGGGCAUGCUGGUGCAGAAGCGGAGCCCCGACGCGGACCCGCCCCCCGGCGGCGCGCCCGUGCCCACCAUCCGCGUCAAGGUCAAGUUCAACGGCGUCUACCACGAGAUCUACAUCAACGCCCAGGCCUCCUUCGGCGAGCUGAAGAAGCUGCUGUCGGAGAAGACGGGCCUGCACCCGGACGACCAGAAGGUGGUGUACAAGGACAAGGAGCGCGACUCCAAGGCGUUCCUCGACAUGGCCGGCGUCAAGGACCGCUCCAAGAUGCUCAUGCUCGAGGACCCCGCCGCAAAGGCCAAGCGCCUCCUCGAGGAGCGCCGGACCAGCAAGGCCGAGCGCGCCGCCAAGGCCGUCGCGCGCGUCGCGCUCGACGUCGACAAGCUCGCCACCAAGGUGUCGGCGCUGGAGACGAUCGUGAGCAAGGGCGGCAAGGUGGUGGACGCCGACGUGGUGGCGCUGACGGAGGCGCUGAUGAACGAGCUGGUGAAGCUGGACUCUAUCGCCGCCGACGGCGAGGUGAAGGCGCAGCGGCGGGCGCAGGAGAAGCGGGUGCAGAAGCACGUGGAGACGCUGGACGCCAUCCGCGCCAAGAACAAUAAGGCGAGCGGCAAGGCGCGGCCGCCGCACCUCCCGCCGCGCCCGCCCCCGGUGGCGCAGCGCCGGCAGUUCCAGCCGCCGGUGCCCACCACGGCGACGGCCCCGGCGCCGCAGACGCAGACGGCGAGCUGGGAGACGUUCGACCUCCUGUCGUCGGUGCCGUCGACGUCGGCGGCACCCGUGACGACCAUGGCCCCUGCGACCACCACCACGCCGUCCCCGCGGUUCGAGUGGGAGCUCUUCUAGAACGGAGGCGCUCCCACCUGCUGCUGGUCCCCCUCGCGCCACAUGUGUGCCUGUCCAUUGGCUCGCCCGGUACCUUUCUUUGUUGUCCAUCCACCUCGGCCAUGGUGCAAGUCAAUCGCCAUUGUUUCUUUCUUUCUUCUCUUUAUUCGUUCUUGCUUUCUUUGUUUCUCUCCGUCCUUUGUUGAGUGUAUAUUGAUCUGAUCUCCACAAAAAGAAAAGAAAGAAAAAGGCAAGAACUGCAGCGAUGAGCUAGUGAGGUGAAGAAACUAGAAGCUAGCAAGCAAGCACAUCCAUGGUGUUUGUCGGUGUCUGUCUGUCUGCAAAAUAAGUGGUGGCCUUGCGAUCGGUGGACGGAGGAUUUUUCCCAUGCCCAUAUGUGUAUAGUAGUAGCAGUACAGUGUACAGUGUACAUGAAUGAAAACAGUGUCCCAACACACACACAUUUGUUUGUGCCGUAUGUACUGUAGUACGAUGGAUCAUCGUUCCUUCACCCCACAUUGUGCAAUCCAACUAACAAUGCUCGUC